UCGAAAUUCCCACUUCUCCCAGUGGCGGAGGAGAGGAGACUCUGCACACACCAACGUUACAAUUGCCGCUGCUGCUGCUGCUGCUUCAAAACCAACUACUGCAAUCACUCUUUCUCCUCUCCUUCCUUCAAUCCUUUAUUGCAUCCAAUCCAUCACCCCAUCCAUUCCCCUCUCUGUCUCGGGCACGACGUCGUUCAAAGCCGCUUUUCUCCGGCAUCCCUUUUUGUUCUUUCUCAGAAUGACAUAUCAAAAGAGGGGAUACUGAUCAAUAGGAACUAGAAGAUUUCAUUUUUGAGGUGAUCAGAGGAUAGUUUUCUCAUGGAGAGCUCUGAUGAUGAGAAGGAUGGAGUCUAUGGAAAUUAUAUGCCCAAAGAAUUGGGUCAUAGUCUUGCUUCAAAUGGUACAAAGUUUGUAGAUGAGGUACUUAAUGGACAGAGUGAGCGAUGUUUGGAAAAUUUUCGCAUGGAUAAGCCAGUGUUUUACAAAUUGUGUGAUAUUCUGCAAGGCAAAGGUUUGCUUCGCCAUACAAAUCGUAUCAAGAUUGAGGAGCAAUUAGCCAUAUUCUUGUUCAUAAUUGGCCAUAAUCUACGGACUCGGGCUGUUCAGGAGUUAUUCAGAUAUUCGGGGGAAACCAUCAGUCGCCAUUUCAAUAAUGUUUUGAAUGCAAUUAUGGCAAUUUCAUUAGAAUUUUUUCAGCCUCCAGGAUCUGAUGUUCCACCACAAAUCUCACAAGAUCCCCGAUUUUAUCCAUAUUUUAAGGACUGUGUGGGAGCAGUUGAUGGCAUACACAUUCCAGUGAUGGUUGGUGUAGAUGAGCAGGGACCUUUUCGUAAUAAGAAUGGAUUACUUUCACAAAAUGUUCUGGCAGCUUGUUCAUUUGAUCUUAAAUUCCAUUAUGUUCUAGCUGGCUGGGAAGGCUCAGCAUCAGAUCUGAGAGUUCUAAAUUCAGCUCUUACUAGGCGUAAUAAGUUGCAAGUGCCUGAAGGGAGAUACUACCUUGUGGACAACAAGUAUGCAAAUAUGCCAGGCUUCAUUGCCCCGUAUUUUGGUGUCCCCUAUAACUCGAAUGAAUUUUCCAGUGGUUAUCAUCUCCAAGAUGCCAAAGAGCUAUUUAAUCAACGGCAUUUCUUGUUGAGAAAUGCUACUGAUCGUACUUUUGGGGCCUUAAAGGAACGGUUUCCUAUUUUGAUGUCGGCUCCUCCCUACCCAUUACAAACUCAGGUGAAAUUGGUAGUAGCAGCAUGUGCAUUGCACAACUACAUACGUAGGGAGAAACCGGAUGAUUUGCUUUUUAAAAUGUAUGAACCGGAGACUGUUCAACAGAUAGAGGAGUCAUUGCCUCCAUUAGAGGUGGAACAGGCAAUGAUGCACAUUGAUAACCAUGAUCUGGAGGUUGGUUUUGAAGCAGAACAACUAGAACUUAGUUCACAGUUAAGGGAUUCUAUUGCAACUGAAAUGUGGGAUGACUAUAUUCGUGAUUUAGAAGCCAUGUAGAUUGAUUCAUUGUGGCUUUAGAAUUAGGCUGGGCUUGAAAAUUUUUUAAAAAUGACCAUAUAGAAUGGUUUUCCCCUUUUGAAUGUACAUCGGCACUUGGUUUAUACAAAAGAAAUAUAUUAUCUGUCGUAUCUUUCCCAUGA